AUUUCUCCCGCCUUACAAAUGACGUUCAUCUGCGCACUGCAGAAACGAUAUAUUCUCCUCAAGCCAACAACCACCCAUUGAGGGGAUUUUAUACCCUCUUCCUUGGUAGAAUACAAUACUUUUCGGCUGCCACCGCGUUCACGAGAUCACAAUUCACCAUGGUCUUGCCAAAGAGCAAGAACAGCGUCGGGCUGGGGAACAGUCUUAUGAACGACCGGUUUGGCAAGGGCAAAGGCGCAGACAGGAAAAAAGUCUCUCAUGGAGGCAUCAUACGGACAGACCAUACUACGGGACAGUCAUAUGUGACCAAUGCGGCGAAGGAAGCGUCAUGGGUCAAGAUGCGCAGUGUGACGGAGCAAGGUGCUCUCGACGAAUUUCUCUCGACCGCAGAACUGGCGGGCACGGAUUUCACGGCGGAGAAGAUGAACAAUGUCAAAAUCAUACACACAGACCAGAAAAAUCCAUAUCUGCUGAGUGCCGCAGAGGAGAGGGGUGCUCGGAGGAAACACGCGCAGAACAGAGGACGGUUGACGGUGCCGAGAAGACCUGCGUGGGACGAGACCACCACCCCGCAACAGUUGGAUGAACAAGAAAGGGCAAGUUUGUUGGCCUGGAGGCGUGGGCUUGCCGAACUUCAAGAAAAUGAUGAUCUGCUCAUGACCCCAUUCGAGCGCAAUAUCGAAGUUUGGAGACAACUGUGGCGAGUCAUUGAACGAUCCGAUCUUAUCGUGCAGAUUGUGGAUGCUCGGAACCCUCUGUUGUUCCGGAGUGAAGACCUGGAGAAAUACGUCAAGGAAGUCGAUCCCAAGAAGCGCAAUUUGUUGUUGGUCAACAAGGCGGAUAUGUUGACUGAAGGACAAAGGAGACAGUGGGCGGAUUAUUUCACCGAGCAAGGUAUCAACUACAAGUUCUUCUCUGCGCAUCUGGCAAAGGAGAUGAACGAAGGACGUGAUGCCAUGGAAGAGCUGGAUGCCAGGCAACUUCAGCAGCAGAUGGACAGGACUGUGCCACAAAAGACGUUGGUGAACAACGUCCAAGAUCUCAACCUCAAAGAGACCGAAGGCGAAGAGUGGACAGAUGAGGAGGAUGGAGAUGAAGGAGAUGAAGAAAGCGAUGAAGGGAGCGACGCCGAGGACGAAGACGACAACGAAGAUGAUGGAUCUGAACACGUCGAAAAUCCUGCAUUCUACCAAUCGUCGGAGGAGCGAACCCGGAUCUUGACUGUUGACGAGUUGGAGGCUCUGUUUCUGGAAAACAUCCCCAAAGACAGUACCAGCGAUCGCAAAACGACCAUCGGGCUGGUCGGUUAUCCCAACGUCGGCAAGUCGUCAACCAUCAAUGCCCUGAUCGGCGCGAAGAAAGUCAGCGUCUCGUCCACGCCCGGCAAGACCAAGCAUUUCCAAACCAUUCACCUGUCAGACAAGGUGAUCCUGUGCGAUUGUCCAGGUCUCGUCUUCCCCAACUUUGCCACCACCAAAGCCGAGCUGGUCUGCAGCGGUGUUCUACCCAUCGAUCAACUGCGUGAGUUCACCGGCCCAGCCGGACUUGUGGCGCAAAGAAUACCCAAGGAGUUUCUGGAAAACGUUUACGGAAUGAAGAUCAUCACGCGGCCGCCCGAGGAAGGCGGCACUGGUGUGCCUACAGCGUCCGAACUUCUCCGCGCGUACGCAAAGGCUCGUGGCUUUGCCACCACGGGCCAUGGCCAGCCUGACGAAUCUCGCGCCGCAAGAUACAUCCUCAAGGACUAUGUGAAUGGCAAACUGCUUUAUUGCCAUCCACCGCCUCAUGAGCCUGAGAUUGACGGACGCGAAUUCAACGAAGCACUCUAUGACUUUGCCCAUCUCCCGGCCAAGCGGCAAGCAUGGCUGAUUGCACACGGCGACGAAGCCGGAGUGGCUGACGGCGAGACGGAACCGACCCAAUCACAACCAUCUGUCUCGAAGCGGCCCCAGGAGACCGGCAACCGGUCGAAAAGACUAGACAAGGGCUUCUUCGGUCCAGGCAGUGGGAAUGCGGGUCACUUGACCAUGCCGUUCAACCAUCAGUACACCGAGCAAGGGCGGCAGCAGAAGCAGAAGCAGCUCAGCGGCCGCAAGGCCAAGACCAUGGCCGCCCUGGAGAAGGACGUGGAUCCGUCCGAGCUGAAACUGAACACCAAAAAGCAUUUCAAGGGGGCUCGCCGGAAGGCCCGUAAUGCCAGGGCGGCAGAUGAAGAUGAGGACUAAUGCCAUGAUGGGCUGUGUUGGUCUUGCUUUUUUUCCUCCUGCCACGAAUAUACUUAUUGUAUGUUGUAGCGAAUGAUAUGAUCCAGCCUAACCGUCCAACUUGGAAACGCUCUUUUCCUCCCUUCUUCACUCUCUCUUUCAGCCCUUGAUGAAAGGUGUUUGAACAUCCCAUCAAUCCGACCCGGAAGCAGUCCAGUCAAGCAGAGUAGAGCAUAUAUCCAUCCAGGCGGACAAGGCUACACAGCCCUUCAGGGCUCCAUCACCAUGCCAGCAUGUUCCGAAGUGGAAAUCUGUACCGUGAAGUCGCAGUACUACGAAUUGGGUGGUAGUGUGGAAGUAUGAAUUUCGUACGUCGAGGAGUGAAUAAAAACGUCUGGAACCGAGAUCCUUUGAGGCUUCCGAGUCCUCCGACAGGUGCAAGCAAGCGCUUCGCCGAACGAAUAAAUUGUACAAUUAUACUAGGGACGGAACCGGUUCUCCGCCUCCACCUUCAAGUUUAG